AUGAUUGUUACUGAGCAAGAGAUCCGGUUUGUUCCCGAAAGAGGAACUCAUUUGGGUACUAUUAAUGAACCUCAUGCAUCACAUGGAAGAUCUUAUUCUUAUGAUGGUCUAGUAACAGAGAGAAUGUCUGAUGUGGGGGAUGAACCACAAGAGGUUACCAAGGGUAAACGAAAAAAUGAUACGUGGACAAUGGAAGAGAGCAAUGAAUUGCUAGCACUCUUGGUUGAUGCAUUGGAAAAUAAAAUACUUCCACAACUUAAUGCAAAGCUUCAACUUGCAAAUGAAAAUGCGGUGUUGAAACCCAAAACCUAUGACAACUAUAUUAAUCGUUGGAGGUGGUUCAAAAAUCGCCAUAGGGAUAUGUGUACAUUGAUGCGGUUUAGCUUUGGAUUUGGAUGGGAUAAAGAUGAUCAAAAGUUUACAGCUCCCGAGGAAGUGUGGAUGGAUUUCAUGGAGAGAAGGUGUGUUGGAUUAUCCCGAUUUAUGCCUUGUGGUAGGAGUGGGACUGCGACUGGGAAGACUUCAUAUGGUGUUGGAACUGAAACGGAUGCUCCUAUUUAUGGUGUAGAAGACAAAAGAAAAUCUGCAUUGGAAGACUUGUCUUGGAAUUAUGAUAGUGGAACAUUUACACCAUCAAGUUAUGAAACGUCAACAACUGAACAUAAUCUCGUUGGUGAUCAAAAUUUAGAGGAUCACUUGGAAAAAACUCCACAGCCAAAACGUAGUAGAACUGAGAUUUCACAAGGGGGUAAUUCACCAAGCAUUGUUCCCUCAAAAGAUCAACUUUUAGAAAGAUUAUGUGUUGAUGUGCACAACAUGUCUAAUAAUUUUGAUGUGAUCCGGGUUGUGAUGGAAAAGAGUGGUAGUCUUUGGGAUGCAAUGAAAGAAGUUCCAGGAUUACAAAAUCAAACUAGAUUCAAAGCCAUGAACUUGAUUGCUGAAAGAGAAAUAAAAGAUAUGUUCAUUGCUAUGUCACCUAAGGAGCGUUAUGAGUGGAUUAAGUUUCAGAUGAAAGAUGACAUUAUUGAUUAG